AUGGAAGACUCUGCCUCGAAAAACCAUGGGGCUGCCGUGACCGACGAAGCAAAACGAGAGAAUGAGCAGUUGCAAGAGCAAACCGGUGGACGCGACAAGACGAUCACGAUCGACGACCUUCACAAGAGCAAGAAUUUUGACAAACAGUCAAAGUGGGUGUUUCACAACCAGUUGAGGAUGUUGGUGGCCGAAGAGAAGAGGAAGCUGGAGGAGGUGAAGGCUAAGAGAGCGCAUACGAAGAGAACAAAUAGGAGCGUUGAAAGAAGAUAUAGUGGAACUUAA